UUCAUUGUCCAGUCCGCAUCCAGGAUACGUGUCGAACUUAAGAACUUGGAUUCAAAGACAGAAUAUAUAGGAAAAAAUGAUUUGGCAGUUAAAUUUAUUAUUUGUAUUCAAUGUUUUUGUCGUGAUUUUUGUGUCUAACUCAUCAGUCGACUCACAUUAUCAUCAUUUUCAUCAACAACGUCAUGAAAAUUCAGAUCAUGUUGCAAACAUUACUACAAUGCGUUCGAUGAACGAUGUUAAUGAUGGUAAAGAUGAGAAAUUAAUGACUUAUUCAAAUCAACCGAAAUCAGAGCAGAAUAAACCAAAUGCUGAUGAUAAUAAUUCAUUAAAUGAUAUUAUGAAACGACGUCACGAUGUUAUUAUGAAUGCACGAAGAAUUGGCUAUCAAACACUAAUGAAUACUAUAAUCUAUACAUUAACAUUGAUACCAUUAUUGUUUACAUUUGCCAGAACAUUCAACACUUGGCCAAAUGGUUUCGUCUAUACGAGACGAUAUAAACGUGCCAGUUUAAAUGAAUUUGUUCCCAACACACGUUUACCAUUAUUGAAUCGAGAUGAUACACGAAGAUUUCUAUCACUUCUUGAAACUACUUUGCGAAAUAAAAAAAUCUUGGACGGAAAUUGUAAAAAAUAUUAUUCCUGUAAAGUAAUUCAAAAUGCAAUCAAAGCGGAUAAGUAUCCUAAAUUAUCAAAUUAUGAAUGGGCAUUGUUGGACAUACUUGGUAUCGCAGUUGAACGUUUUGAUUUUAAAUUGGAUCUAGUCCAAGCUGUGAAAAUGUAUUAUGAAAUUGCAACAAAUGCCCUAAAGGGUGUAUCCUGUUCUCAAAUGUAUCCUUGUUUACACAAUAAUCAUCAUCAUUCUCAUAAAGAUAAUAGUCAACAAACAAAUAAGUCAACAAUUAGUCUAAGAAAACCAUAAUUCACUGACAUUGAUUCAGAUCAAAUAAAUCAUCAUAUAAAUGACAUUCGAAAAGAAAAAAAAAUAUA